ACCUGAAGGUCUCAGAAGAAACAAAUGUUCAAAACUCUGAACCCAACAGUCACUAUCUCCGGAUGGGCAUGUUUCAAAGGCACUGUGGAAGAGCAGCGAAAGUAUACAUUUAAAGUGUGAGCUGCCUGUGGAGGGCCGUGCAGGGCAGGGCUAUCUGCUGCACCAGACGAGCCUGACACAGGCCCACCUUAAGAUUGCAUCUCCCCAGCUGUGCUCCGCAUGCCUCUGGUAUGGCUCACAAUGAAAGCCUGGGGCUCCAGAUAAUGGGACUUGGCUUCAAGCACUAAUGAGCAUGCUUUUUCCUGCGUUCUGGGAAAGCCAAGGCUGAACUGCAGCGCCUGACCCUGAGCAGACCCUUGGCAUUUCCCAGAACGCUGACUAGAUAGGGAGAAGGGCUUUACCUUCUUAAAAUUUGAAACUGAUUCGGCUCGACAAUCUCUGUGUGCCGUGCGUGUCUAGCUCUUUCAGAGACUUCAACUUUACAAAGGAGCUGGAGGAAGCUGUCGGUUGUUGAUGCUCAACCGAAGUCGCAGCUGCCGCGACAGGAGCAGAACCUCAGACACAGCCCAGAUAGAAAAGGCCAAGAGGAGGACUCUAGAGCUCACUCCGGAUUGCGGCUUUCAGGGCAACGACGCGCUUCUGACCCAAAGUGCCACUGCUGCCCACUGACCAGUAGAUCCAAGAGGACACUUCUACCACGUACAGAGGACAGGAGGAUGAAGCUGUGGCUGCCAGGAGAACAGGUCACACAGCUGUGGCUGCUGCUGUCGCUCUGUGCCUUGCAGACCCCCGCGGGGAGCACUGAGGUUGCUCUCAAAGUUGACCUUGACUUGACACCAGGUUCUUUCGAUGAUCAAUACCAAGGCUGUAGCAAACAGGUCAUGGAGGAGCUAAGCCACGGAGACUACUUCAUUGAGGAAGUAGGCAGUCAUAAGUAUUACUCCAGAGCCUGGCAAAAUGCCCACUUAACCUGGUUGAGCCAAGAGGACACCCACCCCGAGAGCAUGACCACUACACAUGGUGUGGCCAUCUUGGUCUACACCUUGAAUCACAAUGUGAGCUCUGACUUUGCCACAGCUAUGGCCAAGGCUGUGGGGUCUCCCGGGCAGUACCAACAGUCAUUCCACUUCAAGUAUUUGCAUUACUUCCUCACCACAGCCAUCCAGCUGCUGAGGGAAGAGAGAGCCACAAAGAACAGUGACCUGUGCUACGAGGUGCACCAUCGGAUGAAGAACGUGACGUUUGAAGUCCGUGUGGGUGCCACCAUUCGGUUUGGCCAGUUCCUCUCUGCCUCCCUGCUGAGGGAGGAGACCCAGGAGUCUGGAAGCCAGACACUGUUUACUAUUGCUACGUGCCUGGGUGCCUCUUUGCAAGACUUCUCUUUCCGGAAGGAGGUCUUGAUCCCCCCCUAUGAGGUAUUUGAAGUCGUAAGUAAGAGCCGCAACCCCAAAGGAGAGUUGAUAAACUUGCGGUCUGUUGGGAACCUGAGCACAUACAACUGCCAGCUGUUAAAAGCUUCCAGCAGGAGAUGCACCCCUGAUCUGAUGGCGAUUGCUUGCCUCUGUUUGGUCAGCGUCGUUAUUUCUUCCAUAGACAGAGAGCAAAGGAAUCCACCGGCUUCUUUUUAAAGGAACUAUUUAAAUAUUUUGCUCAUCUUUUGGUUAUCAGAAUCUGAGAUCCACACUUCUCAACACACCACAGAGGACACGGGAGACAGAAGUUGCUGGAAGAAAAUAAGUUUAUUCAAAACCAGCCCUAACUAAGGCAGAAGACACUGUCUCAAAUCCCUACUAAAAGGGAUUUAUAUUGGCUACUUCCUUGUCGCUGUGACCAAAAUCAGAGGCAGAAGUUCAAGGUUCGAGAGGAAAGUUUUACUUAUAAAUGUACAGAACAUUUUGGUCCCUGCCCUAGCCAUGCCCACUCCUUUUUUAUCUCUGACCUCCGCCGCUAUCUCUCUCUCCUGUUCUCUCCCUGUGUAUACACGGGGCUUUGUCUCUCCUCUCCUUCUCUCUCUCUCUCUCUCUCUCUCUCUCUCUCUCUCUCUCUCUCUCUCUCUCUCCCUCUCUCUCCCUCUCUCUCUCUCCUGUAAUAGAUAUUUUAGCUUUAUGCCUAUUUUUGUGUUUAUGUGUCUGUUACCCACCGCCACCGGCCUCGCAACGCGUGCCCUCCCACUGGUGGGAAACUGUAGCCGCUUGUCGCAUGGCGGGCUCCGCCAGCCCGCCCGGGGAUCUUACAACCCUCUCUUCAGGGAUAGCAGCUGCACCGCAAACAUCUUAGAAACAUCUUAAGAAUAAGAUUGGUCUCGAAAAUAAAAAAUAAAAUAAAAUAAAUAAGAUUGGUGCCACAUGACUCCCGAACCGGGUUCUCUUCCACUUCACCGGCUUCCCUAAUUGCUUCAAUCGGUGAGUGGUCCCCCCCCCUCCCGCUCUGCUUUGGUUGAGAGACCGCCCGGGUCAAAACCCACGUGUUGCAUCUGCCUGGGUGCGGCUUUAUGAAUCCUCUUAAAUCCUCUUCAGCUAGCUUAACCACCCCCUUUUAGCCCAGAGAUUUCUGUUGAGCUCCCGGAAAUCUCAGGUGCUGUCUGGGGUCGGGAGGAACUUCCCUGGUUGUUUCUUUUGCUAGCAUUCACUCCUGGCUUUUCAUCCCUGGCUAUACCCGCCUCAAAGGGCUAGCUAGGCUUAGUCAGCCCCUCAUUUCACUCGCGCCUGGAA